CUUUCAGCUCUGCCCCAGGCGAUGUACUCGGAUCCCAGAGCCAACUCUUCAGACAACACAACCCGAUCUGCCUUCUGCCGAAAGCCUCGGGGCUCCAGGUCCCUCUUGUCAGCUCCAGAAAGACCCUUCAAAACAAGAAUGCCAUCUCCUCUGGGCCCCCCACACCUAUCCCUCGGGGACUCCAAGACCACCACUGAGGAGCCUGAGGCCGCGCGACUCAGAUUCCGGGGUUUCUGCUAUGAGGAGGUAGAGGGGCCCCGAGAGGCGCUGUCCCGGCUUCGAGAGUUGUGUCACCAAUGGCUGCAGCCUGAGUCACGCUCCAAAGAGCAGAUGGUAGAGUUGCUGGUUUUGGAGCAGUUCCUUGGUGUGUUGCCCCCCGAGAUCCAGGCCUGGGUUCAAGGGCAGCGACCGGGAAGCCCGGAGGAGGCUGCAGCCCUGGUUGAAGGGCUGCAACACGAUCCUGGGCAGCUGCUGGGCUGGAUCACAGCCCACAUCCUGAAGCCAAAGAUGCUUCUUACAGAAGCAAAGACAAAGGAGUCUUCAGGGAGCCACCAUGUCGCAGUAGCAAUGGAGUCCUCCAAGGCAGGUCCAGCAGAGGCACCACAGGAUGCCGGGAUAGACAGAUCUACCCAGAUCAAUUGCAGUGUGAAGGAGGAAGCCAGUGCUGAUGGACAGGAGAUGGUAUCCCCAAGUCCCCUCCUUCCAGCCCAGACCCCUGAGGGACAUCUUGGACACCAGGAACCAGCCUCCACAUCCUCCCACCCAGGAAGGAUCCAGAAGGAGUGGGCCCUGUUGGACUCAUCACAAAAAGAGCUGUACUGGGGCGUGAUGCUGGAGAAGUACGGCACAAUGGUGUCCCAGGCAAGCCUGCCGCUGCUAGAGCCAGAAACACAAGUUGAGUCUGAGCGGAGGCCAAAACAGGAGAUCCCACACGCAGGACCGGAGUCCCUCAGGAGCCAUCUCCCAGAAGUGGGAGCCAUUGCAGGUCCAGAGCUAGUUCAAGCCUGCGCAUCCUCUCCAAGUGAGAGCCGGAGCCCUUGCAAGGACCCUUCAGGCUUGUCUCCCACACCACCGCUUGAAGCUCCUGUUAGGCCAGCACCUCGGAAGCUGUACACUUGUAAGCAGUGCGGCCUCAGCUUCGACUGGAAGUCUGUUUUCGUCAUCCACCAUCGCACACACUUGCGUGGGCCAGGCCUGGAAAGGCCACCCCAGAUGUCCCGGGAGCCAGCCAUUCGGUGCUCCACUGGCCUCCGGGGCUAUGUGUGUGUGGAGUGCGGGCGCAGCUUCAGCUGGAAGUCACAGCUGGUCAUCCACCGCAAGAGCCAUGCAGGCCAGAGGCGCCACUUCUGCCGGGACUGUGGGUGCAGCUUUGACUGGAAGUUUCAGCUGGUCAUUCAUAGGAAGAUCCACCAGCCGGAGGGCCCAUGAGCAGCUGGAGAAGGCUGUCUCAC